UCGAUAAAGUCAAUUCUUAUAUUGGAUUCGCCUGGAUAUUGAAUUCCGCGGUUCACAUGUAUAUAACGCUUUGCAUAUCGAAUUUAUGAAGGAUAUUAAGUGAAAGUGAACAUUAAAGUGAAAAUAAAAAAAUAAAUUUAUCAGUUACUUAAAUUUUUUAUAAACAAUGGCAUCGCAUAAGUUUAAUAAAAAAUACUCGAGAGUAUUUCCGGAAACGGAUGGUGAUGAUAUUGUUAUUAGUGGAAUUGCUGGAAAGUUUCCUAAUUCUCAUAAUACAUCUGAAUUCAGAUACAACUUAUAUAAUAAGAUUGAUAUGGUUGAUGAUGAUGAACGCAGAUGGAGGCAUUUUAAUUCAGAAAUUCCAAAACGCUCUGGGAAAAUUUAUGAAUUGUCCAAAUUCGAUGCGACAUUUUUUGGAGUUCAUUUCAAGCAAUCACACACAAUGGAUCCGCAAACUCGAAUUAUAAUUGAGACUGCAUAUGAAGCAGUUAUUGAUGCAGGUAUAUGUCCAAAAUCUUUACGCGGUACUAAAACUGGAGUUUAUGUUGGAUCUUGUAUUUCGGAAUCUGAAAAAACUUGGUUUUAUGAAAAGGUGCCUUCAGGUGGAUUUGGAAUUACUGGUUGCAGUCGCGCAAUGAUGGCAAAUCGAAUAUCCUAUUCACUUGGGUUGCAAGGACCAUCAUAUUUAUUGGAUACUGCUUGUUCAAGUUCAAUGUACGCUUUAGACAAUGCUUUUAGUGCUAUACGAAAUGGUGAAAUUGAUGCAGCAAUAAUUGGUGGUGCAAAUUUGUCACUUCAUCCUAAUGUAACACUUCAGUUUGCUCGGCUUGGCGUUCUUGCAGCCGAUGGAUAUUGUCGUCCAUUUGAUAAAAAUGCUUGUGGGUAUACCCGAUCUGAAGCUAUAUCAUGCAUGCUUUUACAACGCAAAAGAGAUGCAAAACGAAUAUAUGCCAGUGUACUAUUGUCAAAAACGAAUUGUGAUGGCUAUAAACCUGAAGGCAUUACUUAUCCUUCCGGAAAAUUACAGGAACAAUUACUUAGUGAAUUUUAUAAAGAAAUUGAUAUCACACCUGAUCAAUUAGGAUAUUUGGAAGCUCAUAGUACUGGCACUGUUGUUGGAGAUCCCGAAGAAUGUCGAGCAGUUGAUAGCGUAUUGUGUAGUAAACGUAAUAAGCCACUACUUGUGGGUUCAAUUAAAUCAAAUAUUGGUCACUCUGAAGCAGCUUCAGGUAUAUGUUCCUUAAUAAAAGCUUGUUUUGCAUUUGAAACUGGAAAAAUUUCACCUAAUCUUAAUUUUGAAGAAGUAAAACCUGAAAUUCCAGCAUUAGCUGAAGGCCGAUUAAAAGUUGUAAAUGAUCUAACGGAACUAGAGCAGCCAUACAUUGGAGUAAACUCAUUUGGCUUUGGCGGUGCCAAUGCGCAUGCACUUCUGAAAGCACAUGAAAAACAAAAAAUUAAUUUUGGACUGCCAGAUGAUAACCUACCUCGCUUGGUGACCUGGGCUGGUCGAACAGAAGAUGCCGUAAAUGUGGUGUUUGAUGAGGUGGGAAAAAAAUCAUUGGAUGCAGAAUUUAUUGCUCUACUACAAAACACUCAAAAAGAUGAAGUGCCUGGAAUGGUUUUCAGAGGAUAUGGAAUCUUUAAAAAAAAUGAUUCCGAGCCGGCUAUUACUCUUGCAAGAGAUGUACAACACUUUACAGGCAUUAAGCGACCCAUUGUAUGGGUUUUCAGUGGUAUGGGCUCGCAAUGGAAUGAAAUGGGAACAUCUUUAAUGAAUAUUCCUUUGUUUAAGGGAACUAUAGAAAAGUGUCACGAAAUUCUAUUAGCAAAAAAUAUAAAUCUUAUAAAUAUACUAACGUCUAAAGAUCCUCACAUAUUUGAUAAUAUUUUACACUCAUUUGUUGGAAUAGCAGCAAUUCAGAUUGCGAUUGUAAAUUUAUUACAUGAAUUAACUCUUAAACCUGAUUACAUUAUUGGGCACUCAGUUGGAGAAUUAGGUUGCGGUUAUGCAGACGGCGGCUUUACACUCGAACAAAUGAUUCUUGCAGCAUAUUACCGUGGUAAAGUUAGCUUAGAUGUAGAAAAAAUUAAGGGUUCUAUGGCAGCUAUAGGCAUUGGAUAUAAAAAAAUUAUUAAACUCUUACCAAAAACUAUUGAGGUAGCAUGUCAUAAUAACGCAGACUCUUGUACAAUAUCUGGUCCUACUGAAGAUGUAACGCAAUUUAUAUCAGAACUAAAAAAUAUGGGUAUAUUCGCUAAGGAAGUACCUUGUUCAAAUAUUGCUUAUCAUUCACGAUACAUAUCACAUAUGGGACCACAAUUAUUAACAUAUUUAAAAGAAAUUAUACCGAUUCCAAAGAAUAGAUCUAAUAAAUGGUUAAGUACAAGUGUACCUAAAACAGACUGGGAGAAAUUUGAACAUAAUCUUUGCUCUGCUGAAUACCACACAAACAAUUUAUUAAGCAGCGUUUUAUUUGAAGAGACUCUAUCAUUAUUACCAAAUAAUGUUUUAACUAUCGAAAUAGCACCACAUGGCUUACUACAAUCAAUACUUAGACAGUCCAUUUCUAGCGGAGUUCACAUUCCAUUAACUAAUCGGAACAAUAUUCAUAAUGAAUUGUUCCUUUUGACAAGCUUGGGAAAAUUAUUUAAUAAUGGCAUCACAUUUCCACUUGAUAAGCUUUAUCCAAAAAUUGAAUUUCCAGUAUCACGGGAUACAGCUAGUAUAAGCUCGCUUAUAAAAUGGGAUCAUAGUGAAGAUUGGUUUGUAACAAGAUACGAGAAUAUGAAAACGAGAGCCAGUGGAGAACGCAUUUUAAAAGUUAAUAUAGGAAGUGAUGACGAUGAAUAUAUUAGCGGUCAUGUUAUUGAUGGAAAAGUUUUGAUACCAGCAACUUGUUAUUUGCAAUAUGUUUGGCAAACGUUUUCCCUUAUGUACCAUGGUCCCAGUUAUAUGGAUAUACCAGUUGAGUUUGAUGAUAUAAGAUUUUUGAGAGCAACAAGUAUAAGUAAAAACAGUAACAUUGAGUUAACGAUUAUGAUUCAUUAUGGAACAGGCAAUUUUGAAAUUACGGAAUCUGGAACUUUAGUUGUAACUGGCAGAAUCACUGAAAUUGAAAAUCCAGUUCCACCAGUACGAUACAACUUUAAGGAAAACAGUGAAUUUCCAAUAAUAUCAAAGAAGGACUUCUACAAAGAAUUAAAACUACGCGGAUAUCACUACAAUGGUACUUUCAAAGCAGUUCAUUCUGCGAGAUGUGAUGGAUUAUAUGGAAAUAUAGAGUGGGACUAUAAUUGGGUAACAUUUAUGGAUGCCAUGUUGCAAAUCCAAAUUUUGGGCGUUGACUGUCGGUCAUUAUUAGUUCCAACAAAAAUACGUAAAUUACGUAUUUUCGGAUUACAUCACUUUGAUGUUAUGAGUAAAAUGGAUCCCGAAAAUAAAGUACUUGAAGUAUUUAUAGAUCAAUAUAGUAAUCGCAUAAUAUCUGGUGGAAUUGAAAUAAUUGGAGUUGAAGCUAAUGAGAUUCAAAGGCGCAGACCUACAGGAAAUCCAGUCUUAGAAAUAUGUCGUUUUGUUCCACAAUUUCCGACUCCACUUUUAAGUCUAUCAGAUGGUAUUAGAAUUUCCAUUCAGUUAGCUUUGGAAAACACCCCUGUACGAAAACUUAAGGUUGUAGAAAUCGAUACAAACGGCAAGGAACCAAUUAUAAAAUAUAUUCUUGAUGCUGUUGAAGACCUACCACUAAUAACAGGCGAUUAUAUGUAUCUUACCAAUCAAGAAAUAGAAGAUAUUCCUAAUAUUCACAUAGAAAAUGGAAAAAUAACUUCACAAUCGAACUGUAAUAUUAUUAUUGUGAGUGGCAUACUGGAGGAAGAGAAUGAAAAUAACUUGACAACUAUAAGUAGAUGUUUGAUAAAUGAAGGAUAUGUAAUUAUUCGUGAAAAUCCUGAUUUUGAUAGUGAUUGUAAUAGCAUUUGCAACAAUUUUAAAAUAAUUUCAAAUAUUCGUUUGCAUGAUAGUAAUGAAAUUUUACUUCUGCUACAAAAAUUACCAGUAAAUAAAGAAAUAACAGAACGAAUUAUUGUUGAAGUUUCCAUAAAUGACAAAGAAUUUAAAUGGAUUAAAGAAAUACAAACAGCUUUGUCGAAUAAAAAUGAAGUCAUUGCAUAUGCGUACAAUGAGAAUUUAAAUGGUUUGUUAGGAUUUCUUAAUUGCCUCCGUAAAGAACCGGAUGGUAAUUUGGUUUCCUGUUUUUUCAUACAGGAUGAGUUAGCUCCCGCUUUUAGUCUUGAUAAUCCGUUUUACGCAAAUCAAUAUGCUUUGAGAUUAGCAGUUAAUGUUUAUCAAAAUGGUCAUUGGGGUUCAUAUAGACAUUUGAAACUACUAUUAAACAAUGAAGCAACUAUGCGACAGGACCAUGUGUAUGGCAACGUUUUAAAUAGAGGGGACUUAUCUUCCUUACGAUGGUUUGAAGGACCGUCCAAUCCAAAAGACUGCGAUGUUAGAGUUAUGUAUUCUGCAAUUAACUUUAGAGAUGUGAUGUUAGCAACAGGUCGUUUAUCUCUUGAAAUGGAAUGGGCCAACAGACAUGAUUCUAACUGCGUAUUAGGUUUUGAGUACUCUGGAAUUAAUUUACAUACAGGGCGCCGUAUAAUGAGUAUGGUACAAAAUCGUGGCUUCGCAUCAUAUGUGGAAAAAUCGUCUCCACUGAUAUGGAAUAUCCCAGACCAUUGGUCUUUGGAAGAAGCUGCUACAGUCCCAGUAGUGUACCUCACCGUUUAUUAUGCUUUCUUUAUGACUUCAGAUAUAAGAAAAGGAAAAACAAUUCUUAUACACGCAGGCACAGGUGGCAUUGGUCUUGCUGCAAUUCGUAUAGCUUUAGCUUACAACUUAGAAGUUUUUACAACAUGCAGCAGUGCACAAAAAAAACAGUUCUUACUGGAUAAAUUUCCCCAGUUGAAAGAAUCACAUAUUGGCAACUCAAGAGAUACAUCAUUUGAAUAUAUGAUUCAACAAGAAACAAAAGGAAUGGGUGUAGAUUUUGUAUUAAAUUCGCUUUCUGAAGAUAAGCUUUUAGCUUCCAUACGCUGUUUAGGUUCAGGUGGUACCUUCAUGGAAAUAGGCAAAUUUGAUAUGAUGAACGACUCCAAACUAGGUAUGAGUAAUUUUCUAAACGAAAUAAAAUUUCAUCCUAUACGUGCUGAUAGAUUACUAUAUGCUACAGAAGAAAGUGUUAAGGUAAUUUUACAAAAACUAAAAUAUUACAUUUUAAAAAUUUGUUAUAAUAUAUUUCAGGACUUAAAAAGUUUAAUGGAUACUGACAUAGAAAAUGGUGUUAUUAUACCUUUACCUAGUACAGUAUUUUCCGCAAAUGAAAUGGAAAAAGCUUUCCGUUAUCUCGUAGGUGGCAAGCAUAUUGGUAAAGUGGUAAUACAAAUAAGGGAGAAUGAGGGAGAUGCCUUAACAGUUCCAAUCCCUGUUCUACAACAAGUGUAUUUUAAUCCUCAUCUUAGUUACAUUAUUGUAGGCGGUCUAGGUGGUUUUGGAUUAGAGUUAGCUGAUUGGAUGGUCAUUCGAGGAGCUAAAAACGUGGUACUUAGCUCUCGUCAUGGUGUCAGUAAAGAUUACCAGAGAUACAGAUUAGCCUUGUGGAAGACUUAUGGUUGUAAUGUGAUUGUUUCUACAGCAGAUGUUUCCAUUAUUAAUGGUUGUCAUGAACUGAUAAGUGAAGCUGAAAAGUUGGGACCAGUUGGUGGUAUCUUUAAUUUAGCCGUAGUGCUUCGAGAUGCAAUUUUUAUUAAUCAAACAGAACAAAUGUUUAAAGAAAGUUUUGUACCUAAAGUGGUAGCUUCAAAACAUCUUGAUGAAAUAUCGCGUGUUAAUUGUCCUAAGUUGGAAUACUUUGUUGUAUUUUCAAGUGUAUCUUGUGGUCGAGGAAAUGCAGGUCAAACUAAUUAUGGAAUGGCCAACUCAAUUAUGGAACGUAUCAUAGAAGACCGAAUAAAACAAGGAUACCCUGCAAAAGCUAUACAAUGGGGAGCUGUUGGUGAAGUUGGUUUAGUAGCAGAAAUAGCGGAAGAUAAAAUUGAUAUAGAAAUUGGUGGUACUUUACAACAACGUAUAUCAUCAUGUUUGCGAGAUCUUGAUACUUUGUUGACUGUAACUGAUGCAGUGGUUUCAAGUAUGGUAGUUGCGGAAAAACAUAUACGCUCUGGAAAUCUUAGCAUAACCGAAACAGUGAUGAAUAUAAUGGGCAUACGAGAUCUAAAAACAAUUUCUUUAGGUACUACGCUUUCAGAAAUGGGUAUGGAUUCUCUUAUGGCCGUAGAAAUAAAACAAACUCUUGAAAGAGAUUUUGAAUUAAUUUUAACACCACAAGACUUACGGUCUUUGACAUUUCAAAAAUUACAAGAAUAUUCUGACGCUCGUAAUCAGGAUAACACUAAGAAUGUUAAAAUGAUUUUAGCUUCAGAUAUUCAACUCACAGGAAUUGAUAUGUUACUAAGAAACCUUGGUGAUGAAUCGCAAUGUAAUGAGAUCAUUGUACCACUUAAAACAGCUUCUGACUUAUCAAACCAAAACACAUCGUCAAUUAUAAUACCUGGAUUAGAAGGUACAUCGGGUCAAUCUUGGUGUAAAAUAGGCUCUUAUUUAACUACAAAAGCAAAUUUACUUCAAUACCAUCAAUUUGCUAACAUGACAAAUCCUCAUGAUAUAGCUGCAGGCCUUUUAGAGCAUACAAAAUCUAUUUUAAAAAUUUCGGAACCAUAUUAUAUAAUUGGUUAUUCAUUUGGUACUCUAAUCGCCAUUGAACUCGCAGCAAUGCUGGAAAAAGCUGGCUAUCGUGGACAAAUAUUAUUAAUUGAUGGAGCUCCUCAUUUUUUGAAAAAAUUAACACUUGCGCGAAUUGGCGAAACUAUAUCAGAUAAUGAUCUCUAUAAUAUAAUAAUAUCUACAAUUGUUCAUCAAAUAUUUCCAGAGGAAUCGCUAGAGACAACAUCCUUAGUAUUUAUGAAGUUUAACAAACUAUCAGAAAAGAUGGAUAAAUUUAUGGAAUAUGUAGCUAAGCAAGAUAUGUAUUCUGAAAAUUAUACUAGGAUUAUGAUAAAUGCCAUGUUUAAUCGUAUACGUAUGACAGCCAAAUAUAAUGUAGACGAAGUUAAAGACUUAAAAUCUCCUAUAACUCUUAUACGUCCUGCUGAAGUGUCUCUUCUGGAUAUAGAAGAUGAUUACUGUCUGUCUGAGUUAACUUCUGGAAAAGUUAUCAUGAAAAUAAUUGAAGGUAACCACAGCACCAUGUUAGAUAAUCCAAUGUUACCGCAAUUAAUAAAUGAAUAUCAUCCUGCACGUUUAGAUGAUAAAGAGUUUCAAAAACAUAUUUUCGAAAAAUGAAUUAACGUAUUUUUUUGAACUAUACCAAAAAUUAGUCUUUUUCAUCAAAAAAAAUAUAUUUUUUAUGAUUAAUUAAAUAUAAUUUUUAAAUACGCUUUAAAGGUUGAAA